AUGGGGACAGCUUGGCCAGAAAUGGAACUCACCCAGCUUUCAUCUAUGACUACAGUCACUUUCAACUACGACUACUACUACUAUGAUGACAACUGCCAGUAUCAGCUCCUGCAACACAUGCCGACUUUUCUCUCUAUCCUAUACACUGCUAUGUUCCUCGUGGGCAUCAUUGGCAACUCCAUCCUGAUAGCAGCCUUGGUCUUCAAGCGACGUGUCCAGAGGCUGAUCGACAUCUUUAUCAUCAACCUUGCUGCAUCUGACUUCAUCUUCCUUAUCACGCUUCCUUUCUGGGUGGACAAGGAGGCAUCGGAUGGGAGCUGGAGGGUAGGAGCUUUCCUCUGUAAGGCUAGUUCCUAUGUCAUCUCAGUCAACAUGUACUGCAGCAUCCUCCUCCUCACUUGUAUGAGUGCUGACCGGUACCUUGCUAUCAUGCAUCCCUCUAUUGCUAGACGGGUCAGAACAAGAUCCUAUUGCAGUGGACUCUGCAUCUGUGUCUGGUUAUUAUCCUGCUGCUUAGGAAUGCCAACCCUUUUGUCCAGAGAACUGAAGAAGCACUAUGGAAAGACCUACUGCACAGACAAAGCUGUGACAGAAGACAAGCAGAUUAUGUCACUGAUGCUUUUAAUCCUGGCCUUCUUCUUCCCACUGUUGAGUAUCUUAACCUUUUAUUGCUCCAUCACCAAAAGACUCUGUGUGCAUUACCAGAGAACUGGGAAACAUGAUAAGAAACUGAGAAAAUCCAUCAAGAUUGUCUCCAUUGUAGUAGCAGCUUUUAUCAUCUCCUGGGUUCCCUUCAAUCUUUUCAAACUUAUGGCCAUCCUUUUGGGACUCCUGAAGCAGCCCAACUGUUUUCCCGAUGUGGUUGCCCAGCUGGGCAUGAAGGUGAGCAGCCCUUUUGCUUUUGCCAAUAGCUGUGCCAACCCUUUCAUUUACUAUUGCUUUGACAACUACAUCCGCAGAGCCAUGCUUAGGUGCCUGUGUCCAUGGGUGAAAAGCAGCAGCAGCGGCAACAACUCUGAUACUCUGGACACUCGCCUGAGCUACUCCUUAUCCAAUUUUAUUGCCGGGGAGAAUGCUGCUAGGAAGAGGAAGCGCUCUGUAUCCCUCUGA